UCCCCUGCGCUUGACCGCCGUGUUGUACACAGCUGGCCAAAACUGUGAUCCACUGACGCAUGCUUGACGCUUGACUACCGCGUUACUUGCCAGCACCACUUGAUUCAUUGCAGUAGAAAGUUCACGAAAAUAGGGACGACGGAAUAUACUUAGGGGGUGACGGUAAAGCAAUUACAGGAGAUUGGGGCUAAGUUAAACCGAUGCGAGAAGUUCGUAAAAUCCAAAUUCAUUUUCUCUAAGACUAUGGAGUGUCUGCGUUUUAUUGUGAGAAUUUUUAGCGCUCACAUGAACAACACGCCUAAAGUGACGUUAGAGGUAAAUAUAUGUGGCGAGGUCAUCUUUGUUUUGCAUUCUUUUGUCUUUUGAUAUUAGUUAGAAUCGCUAGUAUUCGUUCGAUAUCCAGCAGGAUUUUAUCAAGGAAGUUAUGUAAUGUUUUUCGGCACUUGUUUGUCACUCACAGUUUCGAGGUCACUCAAUUUACUCAUAAUAGAAGUGGCUUCUCCUGUUUAAGAUAGCUCCGUUGUAAGACCUUAAAUCGAAUACUCUUGGGUUGCAAAGAAUUGCGUUUUACUGGCUUUUCGAUAUCAUCAGUGUGUUCAUGUAUCAGCACGGUGCCUUAGGGCUUGCAUACUUGGGAGUCAGCACGCAUAUAAAGUAUUCUGUAUGGUUCGAUACGAUAGCAACGUACAGUGAUUGGUUGCCACAAAGAAAAUUUUUAUCACAACAGAUAAUAGAUUCCAAUAUAACUCUUAGGCAAAAAGGAAGCUCAAGGCUUCAUGCUGAAUUUCGAGACUCUACCUCGCCUCUUCACCUCCCGUCUAACUUGAUACUGAAGACAUGGAUAUCAAAACAUUGCUAGAUAAUCUUCGAGAAGAAGUGUCUUGUCCAGUGUGUACUAACAUCUACACGGAACCAAAACACCUUCCAUGUCUUCACAGUUUCUGUCUGCUAUGCUUGAAACAGUGGCACAGGUUAAGCCAUGGCCAUGAGACGAUAAGAUGCCCGAAAUGUCAAGUCGUUAGCAGAGUGCCUGAAAGUGGCGAUCUGAGAGAUCUUCCGACCAGUUUUUAUCUAAACGGUUUGAUCGAUGUGCUGGCCAUAAAAGAGUGCGAAAGUAGCCAGGUGCGAUGUGAAAAUUGCGAAAAGAAGAGCUGUGAAAGUUCUUACUGUUUCCAAUGUUGCGUAUUUUGGUGUGAAGAAUGUGUCAUUGGGCAUAACAUUAUGAAGAGCAACAAAGAUCAUCGUGUUAUGGCGCUAAAAGAAUUUCAGUACAAAGACUUCGAGGAUGUGUUAAAACGCCCGUUGUACUGCUCGAAGCCGCGACAUGAGAAAGAAGAACUGAAAUACUUUUGCAAUAAAUGCGAAUCGCCUGUUUGUCAAACCUGCGCCACGAUGAGUCAUAGUGGUCACACUCUAGAACACAUCGAAGAAAAAGCUGAAAGACAAAAGAUUGAAACUAAAUCAUUUCUUGACGUCCAAAGACGCAACCUGCAAAAAAAGAUGAACUCUCUCGGUCAACUUGAUGAAUACUACGCUCAGCUGGUAAGACAACGCGAUGAUAUGAAGGAAAGUGUUCAAGGACUUGUGAACAAGUUGAUUGCAACCAUUGAAGCGAAGAAGCAAAACAUUUUUGCAGCUUUAGAGAAUGAAACGAAGAAUGUACUGGAAAAUCUUACAACGCAAAAGACAGAGGUAGAGCGUCAAAUUAAAAUACUCGAAUCAUCGCUGGAAAAAGCUGAUAAACUAUUAAUACGAAGUUCAAACGCCGAGAUCGUUCAACUGAAGAAACCAAUAGAGACAAUAUUUCAAGCAGUUAUUCAAAGUCAGCCAGUGGACCUUGACCCGGAAAAAGUUCCUGCCAUAGUUUUUGCAGAGAAUCCAAAGUUUUUGUCCACGGUAAACACCGAAGAAAUUGGAACUUUGUUAAUGAAACUCCAAACAAAAGCAUUUCACUCUGUCGCUGAAGGAAAAGGACUUGGAGAAGCAAUUGUUAACCGUGAAGCGCAUUUUACAUUGACUACCAAAAACGUUGAAGGCGGACAGUGCUACAAUGAAAAUGACCAUGUAACGGUGGAGAUCUUGGACGAACAAGAACGACAGUGCGCUACAGAAGUACGAAUGAAUGACAAUAAGAAUGGACUCUAUCAGAUCAGUUAUUCAUCCAAUUUCCAAGGCAUAUGCAAAGUAAUAGUAAAGGUAAAUGGGGAACAUGUGUGUGGCAGUCCAUUUGAUGUGCAGGUAAAACCAUUUCAAUUAAAAGCUGUUUUAUCUUUUGGCAACAAAGGUUCAUCUAAAGGAACGUUUAAGUUUCCCUGGGGGGUAGCAGUUAAUGCCCGCAACGAGAUGGCCGUAACUGAUUGUGAAAAUAAUAGAGUUCAACUCUAUAACAGCGAUGGCUAUCAUUUAAGAUCUUUUGGAAAGAAAGGCAACAAAGCAGGAGAAUUUUAUAGCCCAAUGGGAAUAGCUUUUGAUAAUAACGGUAACCUUUUGGUAUCAGACAACAACAACUAUAGGGUUCAGAUUUUUAAUAGGGAGGGUGAGUUCAUGGCAAGUAUCCCAGGGAAAGGAAGCUCUGUCGAUCGUCAGUUCCUUAUUCCGUGGGGUUUAUCCGUAGACGGUGAGGGGAACAUCCUUGUCGCUGACGCGGGUAACAAACUAAUCAUAAUCUUUUCGCCAGCUGGGAAGUUUCUAAUGAAAAUAGGUGGGCAGGGCUCAUUUAGUCAUCCUGUCCAUUGUGUUCAAAGUGGCAGAUUUUUCUUUGUAUCAGACAGUGGUGAACAUUGCAUCAAAGUUUUUGACAGGAAUGGAAACUUUCAGUACAAGUUUGGAAAGAAGGGUACUGGAGACGGGGAGUUUAAUGGUCCAGGAUGUAUGACAGUGAACAGAUCAGGACACAUAAUAGUUUGUGAUACAAAUAAUAAUAGAAUACAAUUAUUUGAACCGGAUGGAACUUUUGUGGGCAAAUUUGGAACAAAAGGUAACGGUUUAGGAGAAAUCCGGUCUCCAAAUGCAAUAGCUAUUCUUAGUACUGGGCGAAUUGUUGUUGUUGAUCAAAGUAACCACCGCUUACAAAUGUUUGAGUAACCUGGUAGAGACAUUUUGCUUUGUUUUUGCUUGACUGCGGUCUGUGAUUGGUCCAGAAAACUCGCGCCAUCAUCUCAACCAAUCAGAUGCAAAACUUAAACCAAUCCAGCUUGGUCAACGCGUUUUCCCGCCAU